AUGACUCAAGUAGCUUUAGCGACAGUCGUUGUUCUAAUCGCAUCAGUCCACUGUUCUUAUGGGCAGAAACUGACUGACGAGCUUGGUCGUGCUACCAACUUCCUUAUUCCUGCGUCCUGCGCAGAUCCUCCGUUGAAGCAACUUUUCACUGGAGUGCACGAGAUUCAACCAUCGCCUGGAUUUGGCUCAAAGAUCGAAGUGUUGUGCGAUCAAAAGUACGACAAGGGAGGUUGGAUCGUGAUCCAGAACCGUUUGGACGGAUCGGUUUACUUCGAGCGAGAAUGGGCCGAAUACAAGAAUGGUUUUGGAAACCUGAAGGGAGAGUUCUGGCUGGGACUGGACAAGAUCCACGAGAUCACCUACUCGAAGAAGUACGAACUGGUCAUUCUGUUGACGGAUUGGAGUGACACCGUUAAAUAUGCCAAGUACGCAGAGUUCAGGAUGGCUGGUGAAGCGGAGUCGUAUGCUAUCAAGAAGCUGGGCACCUUCAGCGGCGAUACUACGGAUGCGAUGAUGAUGAUCCAGGGAACAAAGUUCAGUACUGUUGACAAAAAUAACGAACUAAUGGGUGAGGGCACGUGCGUUACAACGCGCAGAGGUGGAUGGUGGUACAUCGACAUGACCUGCGGUGACAGCAAUCUGAACGGUCUCUACCAAAACGGUGGUACUGGUGGAGUUGAUCUGGAAGUGAACUUCUGGACGCCGAUCCAGGGUACAAACUACGGACUCAAGGCGACUAGAAUGAUGAUUCUCCACUGUUCUUAUGGGCAGAAUCUGACUGACGAGCUUACUCGCGCUACCAACUUCCUUAUUCCUGCGUCCUGCGCUGAUCCUCCGUUGAAGCAGCUUUUCACUGGAGUGCACGAGAUUCAACCAUCGCCCGGAUUCGGCUCAAAGAUCGAAGUGUUGUGCGAUCAAAAGUACGACAAGGGAGGUUGGAUUGUGAUCCAGAACCGUUUGGAUGGAUCGGUUUACUUCGAGCGAGAAUGGGCCGAAUACAAGAAUGGUUUUGGAAACCUGAAGGGAGAGUUCUGGCUGGGACUGGACAAGAUCCACGAGAUCACCUACUCGAAGAAGUACGAACUGGUCAUUCUGUUGACGGAUUGGAGUGACAACGUUAAAUAUGCCAAGUACGCAGAGUUUAGGGUGGCUGGUGAGGCGGAGUCGUAUGCUAUUAAAAAGCUGGGCACCUUCAGCGGCGAUACUGAUGAUGCGAUGUUGAUGAUCCAGGGAACAAAGUUUAGUACUGUUGACAAAAUCAACGAACUAAUGGGUGAGGGCACGUGCACUACAUCAAACAAGGGUGGAUGGUGGUACAUCGAUAUGACCUGCGGUGACAGCAAUCUGAACGGUCUGUACCAAAAUGGUGGCACUGGUGGAACUGAUUUGGAAGUGAACUUCUGGACGCCGAUCCAGGGUACAGACUACGGACUCAAGGCGACUAGAAUGAUGAUUCGUCCAACGAAAUAA